AUGGUUUGUUCUGUCAAUGCUCCCUCCCCCACUGAUUAUGAAGAGGUUGUCUACAUCAGCUCCAUCGCCAAACUUGAGGAGCUUACUAGUGGUGUUGGCUUCACAGACAUUCACUGUGAAAAAGUUGAUCAUCUGAUUAUUCCUUCAAAGAUGGGUAAGGGCAUCUUGAGGCGUGUGGAGGAAGUGUUUGACUGUUGGUCUGAAUCUGGAAGGAUGUUCCUGGUCAAAUCUCCCACUGUGUGGGGUGUAAACUUGCACUUUUGCGAGGAAGUGAAUUACAUUUUCCUGAUGUUGCUGAAAAUCAAAGGUGACUCAGGGUGGUUCAAGGUGGUGCCCAUGGCAUGCAUUGUCAUUGGAAGUGCAGACUUUGGUGCACACUUUAUGGAUCUCAAUGUGCUAGCUGCAGAGCCAUUAUAG